AUGUUGGAAUUAGCAUCACGUAGUGUUCUAUUAACGGGUUUAGGAAAAAUUUUAACAUCAUUUUCACCAAUAACAUUAAUAUUAAUUACAACAUUAACAAUAUUUUUAAUAACAUAUAAUCGAAGACGUGCCAGGCUUGUUAAAUUAAUUGAAAAAAUUCCUGGUCCAGCAGCAUUACCAUUUUUAGGUAAUUCAGUUGAAAUGCAAGUUGAUCAUGAUGAAUUAUUUAUGCGUAUAUCUGGUAUGCAAAAAUUAUGGGGUAAUCGUUAUGGUUUAAAUCGUACAUGGAACUGUACUAGCCCAUAUGUUAUGUUCUUUAAACCGGAAACAGUUGAACCAAUAUUAAAUAGUAUUAAAUAUGUUGAUAAAUCACAGGAUUAUGAUUAUUUACAUGCCUGGUUAGGUACUGGUUUAUUAACAAGUUUUGGUAAAAAAUGGCAUACAAGAAGGAAAAUUUUAACACCAGCAUUUCAUUUUAAAAUCUUAGAUGAUUUUAUUGAUGUUUUUAAUGAACAAAGUGUUAUAUUAGCAAAUAAAUUGGAUAAAGAAUUAAAUUCAAAUUCAUUUAAUAUUUUUCCAUAUGUAACGCUAUGUACAUUAGAUAUUAUAUGUGAAACAGCAAUGGGUCGUAGUAUACAUGCACAAGAUAAUUCAGAAUCAGAAUAUGUUAAAGCUGUUUAUGGUAUUGGUAGUAUUAUACAGGAACGUCAAAUGAAAAUUUGGUUACAAUUUGAUUCAAUAUUUAAAUUGACAAAAAAUUAUAAAUUACAUCAAAAAUAUGUUGAAAUAUUACAUGGAUUCUCAUAUAAAGUAAUUCGAGAACGUAAAGCUGAAAUUCAAGCACAAAAAGAGAAAAAUAAUAAUAAUAAUAAUAACGAUAAUAAUAAUAAUGAAUAUGAUCUAUAUGAUGAUUUAGGUAAAAAGAAACGUUUAGCAUUCUUAGAUUUAUUAAUUGAAGCAUCAAAAAAUGACACCGUACUCUCAAAUGAUGAUAUUAGAGAAGAAGUUGAUACAUUUAUGUUUGAGGGUCAUGACACGACAUCAGCAGCUAUUUCAUGGACAUUAUUUUUAUUAGGUGAACGACCGGAUGUACAAGAAAAAGUUUAUCAAGAAUUAUAUGAAAUAUUUGGUGAUGAUAAAGAACGUCCAGCAACAAUGAAAAAUCUAUUAGAUAUGAGAUAUUUAGAAUGUUGUAUAAAGGAGGCAUUACGUUUAUUCCCUAGUGUACCAAUGAUGGCACGUUCAAUUGAUGAAGAUAUACAAGUUGGACCAUAUACAGUACCAGCUGGUACAACAGCUAUAAUCUUAACAUAUAUGUUACAUAGAAAUCCAGAUGUAUUUCCAUAUCCAGAACAAUAUAAUCCAGAUAAUUUCUUACCAGAAAAUUGUGUUGGACGACAUCCAUUCGCUUAUAUACCAUUUAGUGCUGGACCAAGAAAUUGUAUUGGACAAAAAUUUGCAAUAUUAGAAGAAAAAUGUGUACUAUCAACUAUUUUAAGAAAAUAUAAAAUUGAAGCGGUUGAUCGCCGUGAAGAUUUAACAUUGCUAGGUGAAUUAAUUCUAAGACCGAAAGAUGGUUUAAGAGUUAAAAUAACAAGGCGAGAAUAAAAAAAAAGCAAUAAACAAUGAAAAUAAAAAUUUAUAUGAAAUUUGUAUAUAUGUAUCUGUGUACAUAUUAUGUAAAAUAUUUAAAAUUUAUUAUUAAUGUAUAAAAUUCUAAUUGUAUAUAGUUAAAAUGUGAAAAAAAAAAUAAUAGGGUUUAUAAGAAUAAUAUCCAAAAUAAAAUAAUAUCAAAUUAAAUACUUUGACACUUAUAUGCAGAUGCGUCCAGAAAUAAUUUGUAAUUUGUACGACUUCAAUAUUCGAGAUUAAACAGAUUGAAAUAGUUGAUCCAGUAUAAAAUUAACUCUGGUAUAAAAUUAAUUAAGGGGCUGACAUUCGUUUUUUUUUUCAAGUGUCAGCUCUUGGGAGUAAUUUCGGCUCUUUAAUCAGAAAAAAAACAAUCUACCUAAACAGUCUUAAAUAUACACCAUACAUUCGAAUAAAAAUUCAACAAAUUAGAGAAGGAUAUUCUCAAAUAAGAAGCACUUGGAGAUUGCGAAGAAAUGUCACUUGUCAAAUUGUUCGAGAGAGAGCAAAUAAUUUCACUAUAAUAAAAAUUUCUUAUUUAUCCAGGUUCAGCUGUUAAUAAUUGACAAAUGCAAACACAAAUCAUGUUCCGUCCCGUCCAUUAUUUUUGACAUUAUGCCCAUUUCAAAAGGAUUUUAUUUUUAAGAUUUCAAAUUUGUAUAUAUAACUAGAACUACAUAAAAAAAAUUUAUUUAAUAAUGGUAUAUUUAGAAGUUGUUUAAUAAUAUUUUAAGAAUG